ACUCUCAAGUAGUGGUGGGCAUCAGAAUGCGGCGUUCGAACCUGAAAGCGAUGAAUACAUGGAGCCCGUAAUGAUAGACGAUCAACAGACUCGAACACAGAUUAAUGGAACACAAAAUGGAGGAAGAGACAAUGCUGGUUUUCAGUACGACGAACCCGCUGUUCUUCAGGUUAAUAGUGACACAAAUGGCAACAUGGGACUGGACAAUCCACAUUUAUACCAGGACCUUAAACCUAAUGGAAAUUCAAACUCUAAAGCCUCCCAAAAGAACGGACACAUGCCAAGAGGCAAAGCAUAUGUAUACGAUGGACCGGGUGGUGCACAUGGCCUAGGAACUGAGACUGGCCAAGAAGUGCAUGAGUACGAGUAUGGAUUCAAUCGGCAAGAAUCGUACAAGUACAAGGGACAAACAGAACAGGAGAGAACUAAUAACAAGAAAAAUGAAUCCCACUGCUGUAGGAUAUUUGCUGUGGUUAUUGCCAUUUUGAUACUACUUAUCAUAGGAGCAAUCAUCUAUGUCGUCUUUGAGUUUGUAGUAAAUAAACCAGAUAAUGUCACAACAACACAAUUGCCACAGACCACGGCGUUGCCACCCGUCCAAAGUUAUCUUGUCACUACGUCAGCAGUCGCCACGUUAGAUUUAACGUAUACUCCAUCUCUGUCCGAUCCGAGUACUACAGAAUAUCAAGAGCUGGAAGCCAACUUUACUUCUUUGAUGGAAACAGCUUUGCGGGAUGCAAAGACGUCUGAAGUAUCAUAUGAGGAAGUAAUCGUAAUUAGUUUCAGCUCGGGAAGCGUCGUUGUAAACUUUGAUAUUCGGGCAAGCCACACUCAAAACUCUCUGCCCGGUGAGGCCGCGGAACAAGCCGCUAUAAACGCGGUUGAGAACGAAGUAUCUGCGGUUCUGACCGAAAUUACCGAAGAUAACUCGUCUGAUCUACCGCUCAUAAGCUUUGAUAUUACUGGCUCGGAAGCAGAUAUCAUCGUUACAACAACGGCUCAACAAACAUCAGAGAUUCCUUCGACACCUGAAUCAAUCACAACUCAGGAGCCUAUUGUCACAACCACAACAGAAUCCUCUAUAUCUACUACCACGCCCUCCCAGACCACGCCCACCACAACUGCAAUCCAGGAAACUUCAACUGCAGUGGUCACAUCAAAUGCUCCAAUCACGUCUGUCAAUCCUUCCCAGACCACGCCUACUUCUGCGACCAUUCCUGUUUCAACAACAUUUCCAUCAUCAGUCACAACCACAACAGACUCCUCUAUAUCUACUACCACGCCCUCCCAGACCACGCCCACCACAACUGCAAUCCAGGAAACUUCAACUGCAGUGGUCACAUCAAAUGCUCCAAUCACGUCUGUCAAUCCUUCCCAGACCGCGCCCACUUCUGCGACCAUUCCUGUUUCAACAACAUUUCCAUCCUCAGUCACAACCACAACAGACUCCUCUAUAUCUACUACCACGCCCUCCCAGACCACGCCCACCACAACUGCAAUCCAGGAAACUUCAACUGCAGUGGUCACAUCAAAUGCUACAAUCACGUCUGUCAAUCCUUCCCAGACCACGCCCACUUCUGCGACCACUCCUGAGACCAUUCCUGUUUCAACAACAUUUCCAUCCCCAGCUUGCCAGCCUGAUGAGAUCCUAUGUCCAGAUGGCUUAGGGUGUGUGGGGUUCGAUCAGAUAUGUGAUGGCGUUCAACAAUGUCUGGAUGGAUAUGAUGAACAAUUGUGUACAGGUGGUAAUUGUAGCAUCACUGAACUUCCUUGUCUGGAUCAAACCGAAUGUUAUCCGAUUGACAAACAAUGUGAUGGCGAAUUUGAUUGUACAGAUGAAUCGGAUGAAGACUCCUGCUCAUCUUGCCCUGAAUCAACAUGUUUUGAUAGUGGAUGUUAUCCAUUUAGUGGAUACUGUGAUGGUAUUCCUGAUUGUCUUGACCAAUCUGAUGAGCUAUUCUGCAGCUCUUGUCCUAUUGGUCAACUGGACUGUAAUGAUGGUGGGUGCUACGAUCCAUUAGGAUAUUGCGAUGGUAAUCAGGAUUGUGACGAUGGCUCCGAUGAAUUGUUCUGUUCAACAAAUUGUGAACCAAACGAGUUGGUUUGUAUCGAUGGAAGUGGUUGUUAUGUAUACCCUGACCAAGAGUGUGAUGGAAUAUCACAAUGUACAGAUGGACAAGAUGAGCAGAGUUGCACAGAUGGAUGCCGUCCCGGUGAGUUGCCAUGUGCGACAGGAAACGAGUGUUAUAAUGCUGUUUAUCAGUGCGAUGGAUAUCAAGAUUGCACAGACCAAUCAGAUGAACAGGAUUGUACAUUAGAACUGGUGGUGGUAGACCUGACUGAACUGUCGGCUCCCUACGUCCUAACUAGUCCCAACUACCCCGACAGGUACCCACUCAAUGCAAAUCAGUCAUGGCUGUUUGUUGCUUCUUUUGGAUACAGACCAAGGAUUGAUGUCAACGACUUGUACACCGAGCCCAUCCGAGAUCUUCUAAGCUUCUAUUCAGGCAGUACUCCGAUCGGUCAGCCACUGGAGCUAUCAGGUGCUAUGACACGGUCAGGUAUCAUUACUUACCAGUCAAGCAAUCAGAAUCUCUAUGUUACCUUCACCUCUGACAAUGCAGUGUCGGUCAGGGGUUUCAAUGCCAGUGUCAUCCAGGAGUCAACGAAUGAUGUUCAAUGUGAUGAAAGCCAGUAUGAUUGCGGUGAUGGAAUGGUUUGUAUGCCAACUGAUAAAUUGUGUUCCUGCCCUGUUCCUCCUACUGACUGUAAUCCUCCUACAGAUUGUUUUUCUUGCGACAGCGGUAAAUGUAUUCCAUUUGAAGAAGAGUGCGAUGGCGAACAUCAAUGUGAAUUUGGAGAGGACGAAAGAAAUUGUUCACAAAGGUGCGACAGUUUCCUUUGCAAUGAUGGUAUAUGUUUAGCCAACUCAACUGUGUGCGAUACUGUCAAUGACUGCACGGGAGGAGAGGAUGAAUCAGGAUGCUCUUAUCCUGUCGGUGAAGAAACUGUUUACUUAUUUAAUGGAGAUAUUCCCUAUCAAUUGACAUCAUAUGGCUACCCUGCUGAAUACCCAAAUAAUGUCCACUACACAUGGAAAUUCCUUGCUGGAUUUGGCUUCAAGAUUCGCCUUCAAUUUCAAUUCUUCUCCACACACGAUGCAAAUGAUUAUGUCAUAAUUGGAGAUGGCAGUAACACUAGUACUAAUCCCUUUAUGAGGCUCUACGGCGGUGGGUUUGUCCCGCAAGAAGUUCUGUCACAAGGUGGCGACAUUUGGAUCACCAUGGUAACCAACCAGAAUUUCAGAUCUAGUGGAUUCUUUGCAAAUGUUACUGCUGUGCUAGAAGAUGAGGAGCUUGGACCAUGCGCCCCUAAAGAUGUGCAGUGUGGGGAUCAUGUAUGCAUACCGGGAGAGAGGCUUUGUGAUGUUACUCCACAUUGUGUUUUACCAUCUUUUAACCCUGGCUGCCCAGUUUUCAUUGAGCUUGGUGGAGUUGGCAAACAAUACCAACCUAUGACAUCACCAUUCCUAAAACUUUACAGUUCCAACUUCCCUGCUCGUUAUGAUAAUAACAUCGACGCUACCUUGUACUUGACGGCAAUGGCUGGGCAGCGUAUCCUUGCUGCAACGGUUCAAUUUGAUACAGAGGAGGGAUAUGAUUUCCUCACGUUCUAUGAGGGACACAGCACCGAUCCAAGCCAGCAGAUUGCAAUACUUUCAGGACUCUUACCAAAUCAGGUCAUUAUGUCAACGGGGAACAGGAUGACAAUUGUGUUUCAGAGUGAUGAGACAUAUGCCUUGUUUGGAUUCUAUUUAGAGAUUGAAGGGCAGGCUACGGAUGAUUCAUGUUCUAGUGAUGAGUUUAGAUGUAUGAAUGGUCAGUGCCGAUCUUCUGAUUUAGUUUGCGAUGGAGAGAUACACUGUAUUGACUUUUCAGAUGAGGACAAAUGUCCUACAUGUCAGCCAGUCCCUAGCCAGUGCUCAAGCAUUCUACCAUGGACCGCAACCGUGUUCCCCAACACCCGCUUCCAUACUGAGUCUGAAGCCCUUCAACGCUACACCGAGCUUGAGUCUGCUGCCCUGUCCUGCAGCCCUUCAUCUGGUCAGCUCCUCCUCUGUGCGGCUCUCUUUCCAGAAUGCCCGCAUUAUGGUACAACAAGGAACUUGUGCCCGUCUGUUUGUAAUGAAGUGAUCACAGACUGUCCGCAGCUGGCAGAGUUCUCCAAUGCUUGCUCAGGAAGCACUGUGGUCGAUGAUAACAGUGGAAAUCCACUCUGCGAGGCUCGUACUGGAGAUUACUUUAACACAGAAGUGUGUGGAACCCGACCAGCCUACCAGGGAGACUCUGAGGUUCAACCUCGUAUCAUAGGAGGUACCUAUGCAGAGAAGGGAGAGUUCCCUUGGAUUGGAACACUCCAGAAUGAAAAUGGAGAACAACAAUGUGGGGCUUCACUCCUCAAUGAAUAUUGGGCUAUUACAGCUGCUCACUGCACCGGCGUUUACUCCAGCAUCAGUUUUGGUUACUUGAAACUGGACACACCAACUAAUUACAGCGUUUCACCACCUAUUGCACAAAUCAUCGACCAUCCAAACUACUAUUCAACAUCAGGCGGUGACGAUAUCACUCUCAUUAGAUUUGAAGAGCCAGUCGAGAUCAAUGACUAUGUUCGACCGAUCUGUCUACCGUCAGCUAACACCAGUGAGACACGGGUGUAUAGAAGGUGUUACGCCGCUGGUUGGGGCACUCUUGCUUUUGGAGAUGUUGCUUCUAAUGACCUUCUAAAGGUUUUGCUUGGCAUUAUUGAUAAUGAUGAAUGUGAUCAAAUGUAUGGCGACGUUAUUCCUUCUAAAAUAUGUGCUGGAUACAAGAGUGGCGGCUAUGAUUCAUGUAAUGGUGAUAGCGGAGGACCUCUCGCUUGUGAAGGAGAUGAUGGAAGAUGGCAUCUUAUUGGUAUUACAAGCUAUGGAAACUUGGGCUGUGGAGAUCCUGGUUUCCCCGGGGUUUACACCCGUGUAAGCUCAUUCCUUGAUUUUAUCUCCGACACGAUUGAGCAACAAGAUCCAUAGUAAAGACUACCAAACAACAAUGUCCCUAGUAGUGAUUGAAAUAACUAUGGUCAAGGACGAGGGCAGGAACAUGGAUUAUAGCAGGAGUCUGGCCGUUUAUAGGAUGAAAAAAAAUGUCGGAUAAAAGAUUUGACAAGUCUUUUCAUUAAACGAUUCCCUGGUUGGAUUGUUCUCUUCUGAUCUUGGUGAACAGUACUUGUAGUCUGCAUUUAAUAACAUAACUACUGGAAAUGGCUGAUAUUCAACAGGAUACAAUACAAAACGCAUGUAGACUGCGGUUUGUUACUACUUUUAUGCAUUAUUUCACUUUCAAAAGGUGAUGAGCACCAAAAAGCCAACGCAGACAAUUUGACCAAAAUUGUGAGACAUUGCACCAUAUUCAGGCUGGAUCCAUAUGGUUUUUCUCAUUGUAGUAUCACAAAAGAUUUGCCAUUAUUGUCAAUUCUUUGAAGUGCCAUGACACAUAGAGGCCUUUAAAUUCUUUUGAAAUAUCACUGAAGCUGUUUAGAAUGAUUGAUGAAUUUGUAUUCAAAUACAUGAUAAUUCUUCCAAAGUCAAUUUGAAUAUUACACUUUUAUAUACCUAUGCAAUUAAAAUGAGAUAAAAAUAUUGAAAAUGCAAGAAUUAUUUUCAACAAACAUAUCAAUUAUACAUGUACAGAUGUGCCAUAUGAACUUGAUAUAUGCAUGGAGUUAGGUGUUAAGCCUAUGGGAUAAAAUAUAGGCCUAUUGGGUUGUGAUUUUUUUUAAUCAGUAUGACAAUCUUUAAGAUUUAAAGUGCAGUAAAAUGAUAAAUCAUGAAAAUGAUUAGAUUUUAACAUUUGGUAGCCUAUAUGCACUAUAUUUUCCAUUACAAAUUGAUUCAAUGAGAUGGCAGUAAAACUGCAUUUGUUACAAAAUACCUGUACAUGCCGUAGAUUUCAUUCAAUGGUAGUCCACUAAUCAACCAGGUGCAAUAGAAAAUAAAUAACGCAAGAAAGAAUAAGACAUAUAUUUUUUUUAUUUAUUGUUUUGUAUGUGAGCUCCACAUGAUUUCAGAAUCAAGAAUAGAUCAUACCAGUUGAUUUUUAUUAUCUAAUUCAAUGAUAUUGAUUUUUAACUAGUACUGCAGUCAGUGCAGUGCAUUAAAGAAUAAAUGUGUUACAAAGAAAUGUGUUAGAAAUAACAUGAGUAACAGAAUGUGCUUCAUUGCUGACGUAAAAAUUAUCAUUAUUUUUUUUUGUUUUCUUUGUUAGUGUUGGAUUCAAAUGUAUUAUAUCUCGAAAUAUGAUGUAUCCAUUUAGAAUGUGUUGCCAAUUUAGAAGUAUCAUCCUUAGUGGUAUGAUAGAGGUGCUACAUGUAUGGUCAAUUUUAAACUUUUAGUGCUUGUAGUAUGUGAGAGUGUACUGAAUCUAUGAAAUACGUCUUGUUAACGUAUUCAUCAUUCAUACAAAGAAAUAUAUAUAAACAAAAGAAAUGAUGGAAAUUUUAAUACUCUUAUGAAAUUGUUUUGUACAAAUAGCAUGUUUUUCCUGUUUUGUCAAAUCUUUCAAAAUCGUCUUUCAUGUAGAAAUACUUUGUAAAAAAAUUGUCUUUCAUGAAAUUGUCUUUCUAAUUACAUGUAUCUAUCAAAUCUUUCUAGAUUGCACAAAAUGGAAUCCCUAUUUCAUAGGUCAUUCAAGUAUUACAUUUUCUAAACAUGGAAUAUUUGAUUUGUUGUUCUUCCAGUUGGUAAAUUAAUAGCCUAUGAUUCAGAUAUCUAGAUAUUAAUGAAAAAUGAAAGAUAUUACCUCCUACCACUGUAAAUCUAAUAUCGGAAUUAAAUAAUUAUGAAUUUUGCAUGGGCUGAUUACAAAAUAAUUUUGAUCAGUUACAUUUCAGAGGUUUUAGUUAUUUUAUUGAUAUUGCAAUGCACAUGAUAUAGUGAGAUAUAAAUAGGGGUGUGCAGGCCAUUCACAUGUAGUAGAGUUUGCAGGCAAAUAGAAAGUAACAUACACAACUUCACUUGUAUUCGCCAGUGUGUAUCACCAUUAUAUAAUUAGUAAAUUAUAUCCAGUAGUUGUCUUUUACAUCAUACAUUCCUCUUGUUCAUUUACACAGUGCUCAUAAUUCUAUAUUUUCCUAUACAUUCUAUGUUCCUUUUUCUGUGGUGUGCAGAUACAUUUAGAAAGAGAUAAAAUCAUCA